UUUCUUGAUAAAAACGUGCUUAUCUCUGAUAACAUUAGUGUUAUCGAAUUAUUUUUAUUUAGUUAAUUGUAAGUGUACCUAAGCCAUUGGGCCGUUACCGACAGAAGUGAUACAAGAUGUUGAAGUUUACAGUUUUAUUUUUAGUGUUUCUUUUCGCAAAUGCCAAAGGGUCGGUCCAAAGGAUAUCCGGUGGUAACCCUACCAGCAUUUCUGAAUACCCGUUCGCGGUGGCCCUAUUGACAAAUGGUGGACAAGGAAACACCUAUACCCAGACUUGUGGGGGUUCCAUCCUGACCAACCGCGCCAUAUUGUCUGCCGCCUCAUGCUUUUAUACUAAUAACAUAUUGAAUACACCUUCGUGGUGGAGAGCUAGAGUAGGGUCAACGAACGCUAACAGUGGAGGAACAGCCUACGGCAUCAACCUGAUCAAAGUGUAUGACAGCUACGUAGCCGCCACCCAGGUCAAUGACCUGGCUAUAUUAAGGACAAAUCUUGCUAUCCAAUACAAUGACAAUGUGGCACCUGCUAGAGUCGCAGGCGUUGCCUACCCAUACGCCGAUAACAUGAUGGUUUGGGCCGUAGGUUGGGGCGAAACCAACGCCCCAUCGCCAUCAGAAGAGCUGCAAGUGGUUCAGAUGUGGUUGAUUAGCCAGCAGACCUGCCAGAACAACUACGGAUCCCUUCCAUCAUUCACCGUCAAUGAGGACAUGGUGUGCGCUGGUCUCACAGAUGUGGGCGUCGUAGGACAGUGUGCGGGUGAUGUCGGUGGUCCACUGCUGGGCGCUGAUGGUGCCGUGAUUGGUGUCUUCUCUCGUGCAGAAGGCUGUGGGGACCUCCGCUACCCGAGCAUCAACACGCGAGUCGCUUCUUACACUAGGUGGAUUGUCAGCACUGCUCUUGAUAUAAUGAACAUUCAACAAUAGGAUAUCAGUAUAAAUAUGAUACUACUAGCACCCUAAAAGCUGUAUACAUUUCGGAGGAUUUUCUUCCUCCAAAAACAAUGACUACUUUCUUUUCUUUCCCUUCAAGUUUAUUUUCGAAAUCAGAAACAAAAAAGGUUAUGAAAAAGAAGCUAAUUUAUACAGUAUGGAGAUCACUCAUAUGACUUAAAUGCAACUACAAGUAUUACUAGUCCACAGAAGCAUAAUAUAAGUAAAUAUUUCAACGAAGCCUAAAAAUUAAAAAAAAAUGUUAAUUUUUAUUAUUCUAGAAUUAAAGUCUGUAUGUACAGCUGUAAUGUUGUAGGUUGUCUAGGAAUGUUAGGGUGUUACCACACCAAUCGAUGGCAUCGACUGACAUCGGUCGAAGUUGAUCGAUUGGUGUGGUAGCUUUAAUUGAUCGACGAAUACCGGUCGACUAACCAAUCAAUCGAUUGGUCUAGUAGAAACUAUCGACCGACGUCGACUUAUCCAUUCCACCAUCGAUCGAUGGCAUCUAUCGGCUAUCGAUUGAUUGGUGUGGUAACACCAUGUGGACACGGGGCGCGGCAGUUGCAAUGCCGUAUUUGUAAAGAGUGUUUAAAUUAGCUGAUGAAGAAAAUUGAACUUUUUGGCUUACCUACUGGGCCUAUUUCGCUCAUUUUUCGUAUAUUGUCAACCAGGAUGAUAACAAAUAUAUGGUUUAAAUUAAGUCAUAAGAAGCUUCUCCAUACAGUAUGUCUAGUUAAUCCUGUUUUGAUACAAAAUGUUUAUUUUGUUUUCUGUCAUUCAAUUUUGUUUCCUUAAUAAAAUAAAUUAAGUUACUGCACUA